AUGCCUCCUAGAAGAUCCUACAAAAAGAGAUAUGAAACAGACCAGACCGAUCGUCCAAGAGCGCCUAUCGAGAAUAUGACCAUGGCUGACGCGGGACGUGAACUACAGCGACUCACCAGAAACAUAAUGCUCGCUAAACGAAAUAUAAAGCGCUGGGAAUCGGAGCAUGAGGAACUUAUCGCCCGUUUCUAUAAUACCAAGGGAAAGAUAGUUGUGCCACCAGGAGUUGCUGAAAAGGCCAAUGUGAUAGCUCAUCAUGGCGAGAGUAGUGGUGAAGGCUCUACGCUCGAGGGUGGUACAAAUAAGCCUGAGCAGACUCCACCGAGUUCCGAGAGUGGCGAGGUCCUGGGAGAGGCCAAAAUGGACGUGGAUGAGGACGCACAAUCUACGACUGCUACCACCGGUUGCGAUGAUCAGCUUCUUCCGGAUUCUGGGGACGUUGGGUGUUUGGACGACUUGAUGGACUUGUCGGAUGGACCGAAGGGGGAGGCGGAUUGCUUGGGUAGUGCCCUUGGGUCGCUCAAAAUUCAUGUUUAG